UUCCGGCGGAAAGACACAGCUGCGGCGCACAGGCUGCUGUUUUUAUGCUAAAGCUAAAGGCGAAAUUAACAUAAAUUUCACCUUUUCUGCUCGUCUAAAAUGGCGAACAGAACCGUAAAGGACGCGAACAGCAUCCACGGCACCAAUCCACAGUACCUGGUGGAGAAGAUCAUCCGUACGCGCAUUUACGAGUCUAAAUACUGGAAAGAGGAGUGCUUCGGUUUGACCGCUGAGCUGGUGGUGGACAAGGCCAUGGAGCUGAAGUUUGUGGGCGGAGUCUUUGGAGGAAACAUCAAACCAACGCCGUUUCUGUGUCUGACGCUAAAGAUGCUUCAGAUCCAACCAGAAAAAGACAUCAUCGUGGAGUUUAUCAAGAACGAGGAUUUCAAGUAUGUGCGUUUGCUGGGGGCCAUGUACAUGCGUCUGACUGGAACAGCGGUGGACUGUUACAAGUAUCUGGAGCCACUCUACAACGACUACCGCAAAAUCAAGACACAGAAUCGCAACGGAGAGUUUGAGCUGAUGAAUGUGGAUGAAUUCAUCGAUGAACUGCUUCACGCCGAGAGAGUCUGUGACAUCAUCCUCCCCCGACUUCAGAAGCGGCAGGUGUUGGAGGAGGCGGAGAUGCUGGAGCCCAGGGUCAGCGCUUUGGAAGAAGAUCUGGACGAAGUGGAGAGCAGCGAAGAAGAGGAGGAUCAGGACGAGAAGAUGGAGCGUGUGCCGAGCCCGGAGCCUCAUCGCCGUGGUUACAGAGACAGUGAUCGUCCGCGCAGGUCGCCGUCACCGAGAUACCGCCGCAGCCGCUCGCCCCGGAGGAGGAGCCGAUCUCCAAAGAGACGCAGUCCGUCUCCGCGCAGAGAAAGACACCGAAGCAAAAGCCCCAGACGCCACAGAAGCAGGUCCAGAGAACGAAGACACCGGUCCAAGUCCCCGGGUCAUCACAGGAGCCACAGACACAGGAGUCACUCCAAGUCUCCAGAGAGGAGUUCAAAAAAGAGCCACAAGAAAAGUCGGCGACACGAGUGACUCGAGUGACUGGAGUGACGCUGGUUUAUUCGGCCCACGGUUGCAGCUGUUGUUUAAACAUUUUGUACAGUUUUGUUUAUAAUCAUUUUCUAUUGUACCCUGUCUACAACAGUUUAUUAAAUAAGACAAAGUGACCUGAGUGACCUGAGUGAAGCGGGUGACCUGAGUGAAGCGGGUGACCUGAGUGAAGCGGGUGACCUGAGUGAAGCGGGUGACCUGAGUGAAGCGGGUGACCUGAGUGAAGCGAGAGACCUGACAGUCCUGAAAUCUGUGACCUGAGUGAAAGCGAGUGACCUGAGUGAAGCGAGUGACCUGAAAUCUGUGACCUGAGUGAAAGCGAGUGACCUGAGUGAAGCGAGUGACCUGAAAUCUGUGACCUGAGUGAAAGCGAGUGACCUGAGUGAAGCGAGUGACCUGAAAUCUGUGACCUGAGUGAAGCGAGUGACCUGAGUGACCUGAAAUCAGUGACCUGAGUGACCUGAAAUCUAACAGUGAAGAGUCACAAACAGUAACUUGGAUAAUAAAUAAAGUCAUUUUCUUUACAAACUGUGGACUAUGACGUGA